AUGAGCCCAUAUUGCACGACUAUCUUUACACACGAACAAUGUUCCUUCAGUGAAACCGUUUCUCUUCAACUGCAACCUAUAGAACAAGACGUUUGCCUUCUCCUACGAAACAACAAGAAUCAACCAGCAGGCACUAUCUCGCUCCGAAUUCACGACAUCGCCUACGCGUGUCAGCAAAAAACCGAAUGUUACACUCGCGACCACAAGUUCUACACCGAGUUCCAUCACCAGUGCUUCAAUUCCAAGAGCUGCAAAGGCGAAACGUGCAAAGGAAUCGCGAAGGAGAAUCCAGGAUUCACCUACUGCUCACCCAGUUCUAAGUGCCUAUGGUGUGAUUGGUGUUUUCGAUGUAAGGAAUCGUGUAUAUUCAAGGUAUAUGCAUGGGCAACUUCCGAUACGAUUUAUCGAAUAUUCACAUGCCCAACGUGGUCUAUCACCGUAACAGGAACAACCACACUGGAAACUCCUACCCGAAAGCAACAACACGAGUUCGUUCUACAACCCGCUCGUUGA